AUGGCGUACUCGACAGCUCGGCACUCCAAGGGGCUCGAUCUUUCGAGGAGCUCCAUCUGUGGCUUCUUCUUCCUGGCUGCAGUAUGUGUCCUCGGCACGCUGGCACCUUGCGCUUCUGCUGCCGCCACGGGAGACAAGUAUCUCAUCGGUGUUGGCCGGGCAGACAUCACAGGUCCGGUUGUCGAGAUAGGCUUUGCGGGAUAUGCCAAUCUCGACCAGAAAGGCACUGGUCUCCGACAGCGUCUGCACAGCCGCGCGUUCAUCGUUGCUGACAAGGAUAAUCCUCAUGACCGAUUUGUGUACUUGGUUCUAGAUACGCAGUCUGGAGACACUGCUACACGCUAUGGCGUGUUGGACGGACUCAAGGAGCUAGGAGAUGAGUACAACGUCUACAGCCAUAACAACAUCGCCUUGACCGGCACUCACAGCCAUGCCGGCCCAGGAGCUUGGUUCAAUUAUCUCUUGCCGCAGAUCACAACGUUCGGCUUCGACAAACAGAGCUACCAGGCUCUCGUGGACGGUGCUGUGCUGUCAAUCAAGCGCGCUCAUGAAAAUCUUCAGGAAGGCUACUUGGACGCAGGCACCACCAGAAUCAAGGACGGCGCCAUCAACCGCUCGCUUUACGCCUACCUUGCCAAUCCCGAAUCCGAGCGCAACCAAUACGAGGAUGAGACUGACUCUACAAUGACCCUCCUUCGUUUCAAGCGUGCUUCUGAUGACAGAGACAUCGGCGUCCUCACAUGGUUUCCUGUCCACGGGACUUCCCUUCUGGGCAACAACACCCACGCUGCUGCAGACAAUAAGGGUGUUGCGGCGUGGAUGUUCGAAAACGCGAUGAAGGACAACCCCAACGCUGCCGAUGGCUUUGUGGCUGGGUUUAGUCAGGCCAACGUGGGUGAUACUACACCCAACGUUCUUGGGGCAUAUUGCGAUGAUGGAUCCGGCCAGCAGUGCAGCUUGGAAAAUAGCACGUGCGCCGACGGCAAGUCGCAGAGCUGUCACGGACGGGGACCUGAGUUUGGAGCGCUUGAUCUCGGCGUCAAAAGUUGCUACGAAAUGGGACGACGUCAAUUCGCUGGCGCGCAGGCCAUAUAUGACUCCUUGGGCGCUUCUGGAACCCCAAUCGUAGGCUCAUCGGUCAAGGCAUUCCAUUUCUUCCACGAUAUGCGAUUCUGGGAUUUCACUCUUCCCAAUGGCAAGCGGGCACAAACCUGCCCAGCUGCUUUGGGCUACUCCUUCGCGGCUGGGACAUCCGACUGGCCUGGCGCAUUUGACUUUACCCAGGGCGAUUCCGGGAAACCCAACGCCAACCCCCUGUGGAAACUCGUCUCGGGACUCAUAAGAACACCCACGAAGGAACAAAAGGCAUGCCAGGGCUCCAAGCCGAUCCUCCUCGACAUCGGCGAAAUGGACGAACCUUAUCCCUGGGCACCCAACAUUGUCGACAUUCAAGCUUUCCGCGUAGGUCAAUUCGUCAUCAUCGUCUCUCCGUCGGAAGCCACCACCAUGUCGGGACGACGGUGGAAGGCCACCGUUGCGGCCGAAGCCUCCAGCUUCCUGUCACAAAAGCCCAUGGUAGUCCUUGGUGGCCCGGCAAACAGCUACGCCCACUACUGUGUCACGCCAGAAGAGUACGAGAUUCAACGCUACGAGGGCGCAUCAACAUUAUUUGGACCCCACGAACUGGAUGCGUACAUCAACCUCACCGUCAGUAACAUGCAUUACCUCCACCCACACUCAAGAGACACGCCCGAUCAAGGUCCUCUUGCGCCCGACAACCGUGGCAAAUCGCUCUCCUUCAUCACCAGCGUGGUCGUCGACAAUGCUCCUAUCGGCUCCUCAUUUGGAAAAGUAAUCCACCAGCCGUCGGCAUCAUAUCAAAUCGGGUCCGUGGUCAACGUCACUUUCCAAGGCGCCAACCCUCGCAACAACCUCCGCCAGGAGCAAACUUUUGCCGCUGUCGAGCAGCAAGGUUCCGACGGCUCGUGGACCCGAGUGCGCGACGAUGCGGACUGGUUUCUCGUCUACUCGUGGCGCCGAACCAACUUCGUACUGGGACACAGCGAGGUGGACAUAACCUGGGAGACGUACGGCAACGCCCAGCCAGGCACAUACAGAAUCAAAUACUACGGCGACGCAAAGCCCCUGAUCGGCAGCAUAAAGGCAUUCGGGGGGACUAGCAAUCCGUUCAAGCUGACGGGCCGACUGACUGACACGACUGCGCCCGUAAUGGAGUUAUUCUAG